AUACACAGUAGCAUCUAUUCAAAAUGUACGAAGGCGGACCCAAUCCCAUCAAAGUCCAAAUCUCGCCGGCUUAUAAGCGGGCAAAUCCGUCACCACCGUUAGUUUUAAUCCACGAUGGAGGUGGCACAACAUUUGGUUAUUUUAUGCUGGGGAAUCUUUAUCGCGAUGUAUGGGCAAUUCAUAAUCCUCAUUUCUUCGAUGGAGGUGCCUUUGAAGGCGGCUUAGAUGAGAUGGCGCGGCUGUACAUCGGAUAUAUGAAUGAUGCGGGCAUCAAGGGCGAUAUCUUGCUGGGCGGCUGGUCUCUUGGUGGAUAUCUGUCCCUGACUGUUGCGCGCUUCUUGGCUGAGGACCCUGAAGCUAAGAUCAGGAUUUUGGGUAUCGUGAUGAUGGACACGCCAUAUCACACUCCAUACAACCAAGAAGAGGGGCCCACCGACGAUCCUGUCAUUGAAAAUAUCCCAGAAGCUGUGCAGAAAUGUUUCGACCGCUGCGAUGAGAUGCUUGAGAACUGGGAGGUGCCUAAAUGGGACGGUCCUGCGUGCGAUGGCAAAUUUAUCUUCUUUGGUGUUGAUGGAAGACGCUAUUCUGUUCCACCUGGGAAAGUGCUGUAUAAGCCCUUCAAUGGAAUAUGGUCACCGAUUGAAGUGCCACAGUAUAAGCCGCUGGAGGAAUCGCAGCCUGAAAAAGCAUUACUAAUUACGCCGCCUACAGUCUUGCUUCGGUGCACUGAGCCUAUGCCUCUCCCUGAAGGCAGGACUCAGCCGUUCAUAAUAGACAAGUAUCGCAACGAUCGUACCCUAGGCUGGGCAGGUAAUACACCAGAGUUUAUCAAAGCAGUACUUGAUGUAGACUCAAACCACUAUGAAAUGUUUGAUAAGACAAACGACACGCGGAUCAAAGAUGUUACAACGCGGCUUAACCUGGCUCUAGAGAUUUUAGACAGUAUUGGCGGCUCUACAAAGCCGGCUUCCGGAGGCAAACCCUCGUUGGACUAUUUUUAAACAGAUACUCAACGUGUAGUGGCCGCAUCGUGAAUCAUAAAAUCUGAGUCCAGUUUAAUGAUAGACCUAUAGAGGCGUGAGCAGGGAAAAGUAGCGGAGAUCAUUGGUUAUUUAAGAUAAAGUUCUUUCAAGCAAGUCAUUCCAUACUGAAUAGAUUGAAUAGAAUAUUAAAUAUGGCAUAUAAUUUGCUUUGCCAACUUAGGUUGUAUCAUUGCCUACUAGGGAACGGCCACUACUAAUGGCUUUUGAUAGGUGAUGGCUGAGUUGAAAUAC